AUGGCGUGUCGUGAGAGAGGUGAGAGGGAGCAGAUGGAGAGAAGUGCGGUGUAUCUGGACCAGUUGCUGUCCUGUGUGGAUGUUCUGUUGUCUGUGUGUGAGAAGGACUGUUGCUCGGUCAGUCUACAGCUGUUACAGGUGCUGGUUACUGUCCAGAGCCUCUCCACUGAGACACAGCUCACUGACAAGGCAGAGCAGAGCGUAGUGUCUCUGUGUAAGGUCCAGGGUCUGGCUACAGUAGCUGACCUCUACAGGCAGCACAUGGAUCAGCUGCUCCAGUGGCUCUCAGCCUCUCAGAAGACCUGGACCAGCUACUCCCCCCAGAGACUGCAGCUCCAGGUCAUCGCCACCCAAUCAGGCCCAGUCAUUGGAGAGUUCCUGCCCUUGCUAAUGCCCCUUCUGCAGAACUGUCUGGACCCAGAGAGAGACCCUGAGAUGAGACUACACAUCUUCACCAUGCUGUCCAAACUGCUGCUGGACGCUACACACACACUGGACUCCCAGGGGAGGUUCUGUGAGCACCUGGAUGUGUUUCUGUUGGAGUUGUUGCUACCUAACCUGGUGUGGAAGGCAGGUCGUACUGCUGCAGCUAUCCGUACCUCAGCUCUCUGCUGUCUGCUAGCCCUGCUGCAAGGGGGAGCCAUCCCGCCCAGCCAGUUACUGGCCAUAGAGGAGAGGCUGAGCCCCCAGGUGUUGUCUGCUCUAGAGGAAGACUCUCAGCUGUCCAGACUACUGGCCUGUCGCUCUCUGUCCACCCUGCUCAAACUGAUAGGACCCAGUCUCCGCCCAGAUGCCCUGAACAACAUCUACCCUGAGGUGCUGAAGCGUCUGGACGACAGCAGUGAGGAGGUGAGGGGCGUGGCACUCAGGGCUCUGGGCCUAUGGCUUGCCUCCCUGGGGAAAGACUACAACUCCCAGCUCUACAGUCAACACCUGGAGGUCCUGUUCCAGCAGCUGCUGCUGCACCUGGACGACCCAGACAGCCGCGUGCAGGACACUGUGCUUGAGGUCCUGAAGACCGGCAGUGGCGUCCACCCAGCCCUCCUUAAGCAGGAAGUGGAAGCCGUGAGGGACAAACAGCGCACCCCUGUCUACUGUGACCAACUGCUCCAGCACAUCCACUCUCUUUACAAGGAUACGGUGUAGAGAUGCAUAGUAUUGGAAAGAUCUACUGAUGUGACAAUACUGGUCAAAUGAAGAUCCUAUAUCUGUAUAUAAUCUAGAUAUCAUAUAGAUUAUAUUUCUAUGGCAUACCAAGAAAAGUAAACCUGGAACUGCAACUCUCACUGGUCAUGUCCAGCAUGGACUCUCACACACAUACAGUAUAUACACACACACACAGCUGUCACUAAGAGAGUGAUGCAAUGAUAUGGGCAUCCCGAGAUAUGACUUGACAUUGUAUCUAUGUAUCUAACAGCUCUAAGGCAGGUAUAUAUUUGUUUUACCCUGUACAACAAGAAUAUUGUCCAACUGCUUAGGUUCUCUUACAGCUCAAAACUGUUACCCUUUUUCAAAUCUACCCCAGAACACAUGGUUGUACUCUGUGAUUUUGUUUGUUUGUUACUAUGCUUUUUAAUUGGUUUCUCAAUGUUGAUUGUUGAUAUUUCAUUCUGUUGUGCCUUGAUUUCUAGACUGAAUUGACUGUUUAUCUUUGAUAAAUAUAAUACAUUUUCACUAA